AUGACGUCUAGUUGCGACCCUACGGAUCACGACGAAGAUGACCGGUCUGAACGUUCACACACGCACAGUCAAGCCAAUCGACCCCACAGUAGCUGCUGCAGCCGACUACAACCUCCGAACUUCAAGAUCCAGCCAUUUGACGGCAACCCGAAGAAUUACGCGCGAUUCAAGGCCAAAUUCCAGGCCUUGUAUGAAGAGUACGAAGAUUCUCCUGUUCUUCUUUUUAUGUUAGAGGUGCUAGCCGAAGAGGUACGAAACGAAAUCGGUGAAUGUCUGACCGAUGGAACAAUGUACUGUGUGGUGUGGGAACGUUUGGACGUGAUCUACGGCCGAACUAAGAUCAUGGACCAGACAUACCUCGACGACCUUCUACAGGUCCCGCCAUUGAAGAGCUUAGAUGCUGCCAGCCUCAAGACUUUCGCAAACCGUCUUCAUGGUGCAGUAGCCAUGCUCUCCAAGUCGAAGUAUGCCCAUAAGCUACACAGCCGUACCACCUUGAUGGCCCUGGAAGCAAAAUUAACGCCUUACCUCAACGAUAAGUGGAACGAGAAACGUAAAAAGACAGGAGUAGAACUGAAUAUUUUAGACCUGGACGACUGGGAGUUGGCCUUUGCUGAAGAAUGCUACGCCCUUCGCAAGAAUCUGGAACUACCACACUCAGAUCAAAACUUCGCACCUUCCAUCCCUUCUUGGAUGAAGUCGGACAGAUGCGAAUUGGCGGAUACACAUGCACGUCAAGACAGAAAGAUUACAGACCUACGUUCACGCUUUUGGAUACUUUCUGGACGCAAAGUUGUAAAAUCUGUCAUCAACAACUGCUGGCCUUGCAAACGGACUUCGGCGAAACCUAGUCCUCCGUUGAUGGCUUCACUACCAGUUCAUAGUUUAACACCCCAUCUGCCUGCGUUCACGUACACAGGGAUCGACUAUUUUGGACCCUUGACUGUACGAGUUGGUGGACGGGGACGAAGACAUGAAAAACGUUGGGUCAGCCUAUUCACGUGCUUCACCACACGAGCAGUUCACCUGGAAGUGGCCAACGGGCUCAGUAUGAAGGAGUUCUUACUCUGCUUCUCCCGUUUUGUUAGCCUACGUGGAAAACCCAAGGUCGUUUACAGCGACAAUGGGACAAACUUUGUCGCCGCUGAGCAAGAGUUACGACAAGCCCUAGAAGAACUUGUUGCUAAACACGAAGAACUUCAGACGUUAAUGGCUUGCCAACAAAUUGAGUGGCAUAUUUCUCCACCCCACGGACCCCACUUUGGUGGUGUUUGGGAAAGAAUCGUACAGUCCUGCAAAAGAGCAAUGAAAACCAGCAUCGGUAAUUGCCUAGUAACGGACCAAGUACUACGAACCGUAAUCGCUGAAGUGGCAGCUUUGUUAAACGCCCAGCCGUUAACAAAUCUUAGUGUGGACCCAGAAGACCCGGAUCCGUUAACGCCAAACCACUUUCUAUACGGUGGAGCUCGGCCAUACUUGCCCCUACAAUUGGCCGACGUGGAAGACAUGAACGUUACCAACAAGCAGUUUCAGCAAAGUCAAGCCAUCCUUCAGCACUUUUGGAACAGAUGGCUACGUAAAUACGUUCCACACCUAACAGAAAGGAGAAAAUGGCAAGAAAACAGACCUAACGUCACCGUGGGAGAUUUAGUGCUGGUAAUCGAACCAAAUAACUUGCGUGGGCAGUGGCCGAUGGGAAAAGUGCUUGAGGUCAUUCCCAGCGCCAUGGAUAAUGUCGUCCGAGUAGUAAAGGUGAAGCUCAGCAACAAUCCAAAACAAUGUAUUCGGCCGGUGGCCAAAUUAUGUAUCAUGGUUGCGGCAAAGGUACAAGAAGUUUACGCAAAAGAAGAAAAAAAGGAAUCUUCCACAGUGUAA